UUUCAACCAAUCAAAUAGUGUGUAACAGAAGUUGUUAAUUUUUUUUUUAUAUAUAUUUUUGGAGUGUUGUUUUUGUGUGUGGCGAUGGAGUAAUUUGAAAAAAAAAAUUCAUUGUAUGUAAAUUUUAAAGAUCAUUUUUUGUUUGUUUAAAUAACAUUAGUAAUUCACUCCGACACUACAUUUGGUAAAAAAAAUGGCGGAUAGAGAGCGACGAACAGAUCGACAUUCCUUUUUGAAUUUUCUAAAUGUGUGUGAUGGCAUAGUUCAGGAUGUGGUCCGUUUGCUUAAAUCAGACUGCAGGAACACAGAUUACUUGGAAUCUGCAUUGUUACGACUCCAGACUGUAGCGACUAAUGUUCUACGAAUAUCACAGAGAUGGGCGGCUGUAGAAGAACUGUUAGAUAUGGUGAUUGAACUCAUUGGAACUGUAAAAUAAUUAAAAGGAUCUGAAAAAGAUUUAGCAUAUAAAAUGGUUAAGAUUAAUGAUGGUAAUCGUGGUCGUCCAGUAUACGACAUAACCAAAGAUCAACUUGAGUACCUUGUAGAUUUAAGCUUCACAGGAACAGAGAUGGCAAAACUCCUUCAGGUUUCUCAUUCAACAAUUAAAAGAAGAUUAAGGUUUUAUGGUCUGUCAACAACAGAGCAGUAUAGCUCAAUAUGUGAUGAUGAUUUAGAUGAGCUACUGCAGCCAAUUAUAGAUGAAAAUCCCCAUCUAGGCUACAGGUCUAUUCAAGCAAGAUUGAAAGUUUGUGGUCACUAUUGCCAGGAAACCAGAGUGAGAGAGGCUCUUGUUAGGCUUGAUCCAGCAGCUGUGGCAAUGAGAUGGUGUGACACUGUGCAAAGACGAAAAUAUCGUGUUGCAGGUCCUAAUUCGUUAUGGCAUAUAGAUGGGAAUCAUAAAUUGAUAAGAUGGCGUUUUGUUGUACACGGAGGAAUUGAUGGAUUCAGUAGGCUGAUAGUUUUCCUUACCAUUUCUACAAACAAUAAAUCAGCAACAGUUCUACAAUCGUUCUUAACAGCUGUUCAGAAAUAUGGUUUACCAUCAAGAGUAAGAACUGACCAUGGAACAGAGAAUGUAGAUGUGGCCACUUUCAUGACCUUACAAAGAGGACCUUACAGAGGAAGUAUCUUACAAGGCAAAAGUGUCCACAAUCAACGAAUAGAAAGACUUUGGCUAGAUAUGUAUCGUGGAUGCACCAAUAUAUUUUAUGAUUUGUUCACUUUUAUGGAAAGGGAAGGCAUCCUUGAUAUGGAAAGUGAAAUUCACUUAUGGUCACUGCAUUAUGUAUUUAUGCCAAGGAUCCAAAGAUCUCUGGACACGUUCAAAAAAAUGUGGAAUAAUCACAAAAUCCGAACAGAAAGAGGAAAAACACCAAAGCAAUUGUUUUUACGGGGUGCAUUACAUCUGUGCAACAGUAACAAUGUAGCAGUUACAGAAAUGUUUGAAAAUGAUAUAGAACAGGAAGAAGACUUUGGUAUUGAUUGGGAGGGACCAAUUCCAGUUGAAGACAUUGAUGGAACUGCAGUAAAUGUACAUACCACAAACUGUCCAAUUACACCAGAAAAUUUUAAUGAAUUGAAGAGGCAGAUUGAUCCUCUUUUGGACAGAAAUGACUUUGGAAUUUCAAAUUAUCUAGAUACAUUGCAAUUUAUUGAUCAACAUGAUCAAUAAUAACAUAAAUGUGAAAAAUACUCAUAACUGUUUCCUAUGAUAAAAUUAGAAGAUUCAUCUUACUCAUGUAAAAAUUUCCUUUCAUUCAAUAAGUAGAUCUAUAUCUUUAUAGCCAAUGUUUUUUAAGUCCUUACUAAGUUACUUUGUUAACAAAAAGUAUAUUUAUAAACAUCCCACAGUUGUCUGUAUGUAGUCAUGUGGCUGGAUCCAUUAAUCUAUUAUAAAAGUUUAUGAAAAGUUGAUAAACACAGGUAAUUCUCUGGCACCCAGAAAUAUCAACUGCUAGAUUUUGUUAUUAAUUUUUAAGGAAAAAAGGGCCCACCAAAAUUCAUUGUGUAUGGGUUUACAUUGGUAUCCACUAUCAGUGCUCUAGCUAGAAAUCAAAAGGGGCAGGGUGCCAGUGGAGGGCAGGGCACUUUUUAUGAUAAGAAAAGGCACUGCUCAUUUUUUUGUCUACGUUUCUGUGUGUAUCACGAGUUAACAAAUCUUUUUUUUUUUACUGUAUAUGUUUUUUUUUU